AUGGUUGUCCACGUACUCGACAACUACUAUCUCGCCAUCACCUUACUCGUGACGAUCGCGUACCAGCUCAUCGCUUUCUCCAUUGCAUUUACCUUGAAGUUUGACAAGAUCACCGACUUUGCUGGGGGAACCAAUUUCAUCCUUGUAUCAGUAUUGACGCUUGCAUUUUCCGAAAGCCCCAAUGCCAGGCAGAUCGUCGCCUCUCUCUUCAUCAUGCUCUGGGCAGCGCGUCUCAGCGGCUUUUUACUCUUCCGCAUUCUCAAGACUGGAAAGGACGAUCGCUUUGAUGACAAGCGAGACAAAUUCUUCCCCUUCCUUGGGUUCUUUGUUUUCCAGAUGAUUUGGGUCUGGGUUGUGUCGAUGCCCGUCACAGUCCUCAACUCACCGAACGUCAACCAGUAUCCCCGACACAAAUUCGGUACGGCGAACGAUAUUAUUGGCAUUAUCGGUUGGGCCAUGGGCUUCGGCAUCGAGAGUGUAUCCGACGUCCAGAAGUACCGCUUCCGAAUGAACCCGAACAACAAUGGCAAGGUGUGCGAUAAGGGCUUCUUCAGCUGGUCCAGGCAUCCGAACUACGCCGGAGAGAUACUUACGCAAUUCGCCAUAUACACCAUGUGCGUGUCUCCGGCUUCCUACCAUGACGUUCCUACGGGGUCGGGCCCAUACGCUGCAUUGUACGCAUCAAUCGUCGGGCCCGUCUUCCUGACGGUGCUCCUACUCUUCGUCUCCGGCUUGACUUUGCAGGAACGACCUGGCGCGAAGAAGAAGUACGAAAAGUCUGGACCAGACGGACAAGAAUGGCUCGAUUACAAACGCUACACCGAGCGCACAAGCAUCCUCAUACCGAUUCCGUCAGUGAUCUAUGCGCCGAUCCCCACCUUCAUCAAAAGAACUCUGCUCUUGGAGUGGCCAAUGUAUCGAUUUGAUCCUGAGAAACAUGCCGACCAGAAUAAGGUCCACCAAAGACAGGCCGAGGAAGGUCGUGGGAGCGAGAGCACAGCCGUCGAUGGCGAGAACAAUCAACAGGCUCAUCGUGGUAGCAAGGACCCUCUGGUGAGCAGUCAGCGCUGA